AUGGCCCGCUUGUCGGGCUGGGGAGUAGCGUCAGUGUCAAAGGUCAAAACACUAUUUAUGCACAGAAGAUAUGCCUUUCGGAACUUUUUGGAAAACACAAACUCUAUUAACCAAAACUUUUUGGCCGUUUUUGCAGACAAAAAGCAAGUUUGCAACAGAGGCUGGGCUUUCGAAAGGGUUAAGGGGUUUGAGAUGAAAAAGUACAGCAAAAAGAGUGUUAAAGUAAUGACACGUUUGGAAUGCAUGCAAAUGUGUCUCAACGAGAAUGACUUCGAGUGCCGAUCAGCUAAUUAUGACUCCGAUGUCAAUGAGUGCUCCCUUUCCGAUAUGGACAGGCAUACCAUCACCUAUAAUAGCCUUAAGUCGCGAAAGUAUGGUCCGUCCUCUGGUAGCAUCGAUUACAUGGAAAACAAUUGCAUUCAAGAACCAAAUAAAUUAUGCGAUUUUAGACCAAUUAGUGGCAAAAUCUUGAAAACUGUUGACUCGGUCUAUGAAAAUGUGAAGACUAUAGAGGAGUGCAAAGAGAAGUGUCUGAACAGUCCCUAUCGGUGCCAUUCAUUUGAUUUCGGAGACCCAUCUAAUAGUGUCUGUCGGACGAGUCAUUUGGAUAAGAAUUCUUUGUCUCACAUCGAGAACCCAUACAUCGAGAUAAGCGGUGCCACCACUCAUGAACUCGUCUCAUGUUAUAAUGUGACAAUUCUUUGUCGCGCACGAGAAAUGGUAGCAAAAGUUCGGACAACAAAAGUAUUUGACGGAAAAAUUUAUGCCAAAUCCAAGCCAAACAUCUGUGUUAAUGACAUCAGCAAUAGUCUGGAGUUUGAGAUUAAGAUGAAGUAUAACGACGUUGAGUGUGAUGUUAAACAGCAGAGCAAAGGACAGUUCACUAAUGAUAUUGUUAUACAACAUCACGACAUGAUUGUGACCACUCAGGACCUACUGUUGAACGUUCACUGCAAAUACGAUCUCUCAAACAAAAGUAUCUCAAAUAAUGUGAAUCUCGCGGUCGACGGAGACGUCGACACGACUGGCAGUCAUUCAGAAACAGUGAGUUCGCCGAACGUUACGAUGAAAAUCACGGAUCUAUUCAGAAGUGAUAUCUCUUCAGCACAAGUCGGAGAUUCACUUUUGUUGAGGUUUUCAAUACUGGAAACGUCGAGUCCGUACGAGAUAUUUGUGAGGGAACUGGUGGCCAUCGAUGGCGCAGAUCUGUCCGAAAUAGUGCUCAUCGAUAGCAUGGGCUGUCCGACAGACUCACUAAUAAUGGGUGCAAUGGAUAAGUCUGACGGCGACGGACAGAUACUGGAGGCCCGGUUCGAUGCGUUCAAGUUUCCCACAUCAGAUGUGGUCCAGUUUAAGGCACUGGUAGCCCCGUGUAAGACUCACUAA